UCUGCAUCACUCGCUCAGCUUUUUUGUUUUGGCCAAAAUCUGCAAAUCAGCCAAUCAGUUGUUUUAAUUGCCGUUGAUAGUCAGAAAAUGAGCUCUGAGGUUUUAGUGUCGAGGCCACACUAUGACAGCAGAGCUGUGGCUCAGGGUGUCCCACAGAGAGAGCCUCCUGUAGAGCCGGAUGUCCCGCAGCCAUCCUCGGGUUCAGCCACAGCGGGGUACCGCUCUGCCAAGUACUCUGCGGGUGAGUGGUUCUCCAACUACCACACCAUCCUCCAGCAGGCCGGUGCCGACCAACAUGAGGCCCGGAGCAUCCAGCGAGAGUCCAAAACUCUGUACCAGGACACCGAGACAGCCACUUUGAAGACCCAGGCCCAGGGGACACGUCUCCUGGGAGGGAGACUACAAGAGAUCCACCACUGGAAGUCUGAGCUGCAGCGGCACAUCGAGCAGCUGCUGGCCGACACGGAGGCGCUGCUGGCGCUGAAGAGCCGGCUGGAGAAGGCGCUGGACGCCACUGAGACUCCGUACGCCAUCGCUACCGAUAAUCUCAACUGCAGGACCAGAAGACUGGGACCAGACCUGGUCCGAGACACCGUGGAGGAGGAGCUGCUCAAGGAAGUGGAUUUGAUCAGGAGCGUCCAGGCUCUUCUGAAGAGAACAACUGCUCAGGUUGUCAGUCAGAUCAAGAUGAACAGAGAAGCCAAGCAGACGUUAGAGUUGGACUGGUCUGAUAAAUACCAGGCCUACAACUUUGAUGACCAGAGUGGAAGAUACAGUAACAUGAGUCUGGCUACACAGCACCACCCCAGCUCAGCCACCGUGCAGGACCAGGUUUCUAACGGCACAUCAUGGACAAAAUUUACACAGGACAACCUGUCCAAGGCCUUGCAGGAAGAACAGGCCACCAACAGUCUCAGAGUGCUGGUGGAGCGAGUGCUGCAGGACACCAGUGAGGACCUGAGAGUCCAGUGCUCCACUGUGGACCGAGCCUUCAGCCAGCGCUGUGAGGAGCUGAUAGAAGCAAAGACCCAGCUGGAGAUGAGGCUCGCACAGAUUUUGGAGCAGAUUGGGGCCCAGGAGAGGAACAUUGUGGCUCUGCAGCAGGCUAUCCACAACAAAGAGGCUCCACUGAGGGUCGCUCAGUCCAGACUGUACCUCCGCUCCCUCAGACCCAACAUGGAGCUCUGCAGAGAUGAGCCUCAGUUCAGUUUGGAAGGGGAGGUGAGGCAGAUUGAUGCCACUCUGGCGUCUCUGCACCAGCAGCUAAGCGAGGCCAGAGGCUCCCUGUCCCACCUAGAAGAGUCACGCAUUACCCUUGAGAAGGACAUUAACUGUAAAACACACUCACUGUUCAUCGAGAGAGAAAAGUGCAUGACUCACCGCAAACGAUACCCAGCAGUCUCCACGUUGUCAGGAUACUGAGGCAGACGACUCUGACUGUUUGUGUGUGGUAUUUGCUUUGCAUUGUUGUUUAUUUGUUUGGUUGUUUUUUUUAGUGUCUUUGUUGUGCUGUGUCGUAAGAAUCAGUGAGAUAUUGUGUCAUCAAGAAAGCCUUAAAACUGACCUCUGCUGACAAUGUACUAAAAUAUUUUUAAUAUUAUCCCCCUUUAUGUAAUGCGGAACCAGUAGUCAUUCAUUUUUGCAAGAUGGAAAUUUUAUUUUAAACUAUUGAAAAAACAUUUUCUCUUUGUAAAUAGCAGAAAUGUUUGGCAGUCACUUUUUAACAGUAAAUUUGAAUUAUACAGUAAAAACAGGAUAAGGGGCAGUAGGCCUACAAAAGAUCUAAGAUAGCGGUAGCCAUGCUCAAUUAAUGUCCCUGGUGACAAAAAAUGUGCACAUAAAUCACUUCUUGGGUUAAGUAAUUUCAAGCUACACUAUCGUUAAAUAUGAGACUGACAAUAAUUUAUUCCACUAGAGUGAGCUCUUGAGCCUCAAUAUCUCAUCUUCUGUCAUAUCAUUACAGUGUGCCGUCUUCUACCACAGCACAAAACACUAGUGUAGCAAUAUUUUACAUCUAAAUCUAAAAUAAUAAAAUCAGACACAUUAAGGUGCUCCAGUAUGUUAUUUU